AUGGCCCUCGGUUCCAGGGUCUUUUACGCCGUUUUUAUAUGGACGGCCAAGUUUACCAUAGCCGAGUUCCUUGGACGGAUCACGGCGCAGAUAUGGAGACGUUCGUUCCAAUAUGUCCUCCAGAUCAUCCGCUUCUUCCUUGCGGCAACCUUCAUCGCCGUGCUCAUCACGACCUUGACGGAGUGCCAGCCCUUUGACCACUACUGGCAGGUCACCCCGGAUCCAGGGCCUCAGUGUCGUCAAGGCUAUGCGCAGCUCAUCACCAUGGGGACAUGCAACGUUGUCACUGACCUGCUCUUGGUCAUGUUCCCCAUCCCUAUCAUCCAUCUGUCUGCCAUGCCUACCGGUCGCAAGAUCUCGUUGACCCUUCUGUUCACCCUUCCGCUGAUCCUGGUGGCCAUCACCUGUUACCGGAUACCGUCUGUCAUCUCUCAUCGAGGAUCUCAGCAAUACCGCACCUUGCUCGCCUCCCUCGAGAUUCUUGCAGCUGCAGCCGUCUCUAACGCUAUCGUUAUAGGAUCCUUCGUCCGGGACCGCGGUCUGAAGAAGCAAAAGUUCAAGGCUGCCUCGUUCAGCGAGAGCCUUGAGCAGACGACUUCCCGCCGGGCUACCAUCACUCACCACCACUGGGGAUCGGACGCAGACCUCGUCAGCGAUCUGGGGAUUCGACUGGACCCUAGCCUUAGGCCGUUGAGCUACCAAAAGAUCCGUCCUGCUCCAGUGGCAGUCCUGCCCAAACGAGGCUCUGUUGAUCGCAACUGGCAAUUCCCGUCCUCGCAGAUGCCUGUCGAUGACGAUCGUACGUCCACCUCUGAUAGCCUGAGCGGUCUAAAGGCACAUCCUUACGAGUAUAUAGAAACAAACACCCGUCCAGCGGCCCGCAGGUCCAACAGCGGCACCCCUUCCAAAUACAUUUCCCUCUCCAAGGUAUCCCUGAACGACGUCGGCGGACUCCUCGAUCCCCCCAAGGCUCAGGAAGGCCCCAUCUCUCCUCCUGCUGCUGUUACUUCUAUUAACAUGACUCCUCCAAACGCCCUUCCCGAAACCCAGGAACCUCGCACCCGGAACCACCUCUUCCGCACCGUUGCUGGAUUCCUCUCUUCCUCAAGCAGCGGAAGCUCGCCCAGUCAGUCCUCUCCGUCACCAAACACCUCUUCUCGCGCCUUACCAAAUUUCUCACGCCCUACCCUCAACACCUCAUAUCUAGCCAGUGGAGCACGAACAGCCCCUGCUAACAGAAGAACAUCUUCUCCCGCGAUAUCACCUGGCGACGCUCGACCACGAAACGACUCUCCCGGUGAACCAGGAGUUCCAGAGCUCCAGGACCUCGGUGGUCUAUUAAACCGCGAUAUCGAGGGCAAUAUGCCCCAUUCCAAAUAG